AGCGUGGCAAUGUCAUUACUGUCUUACCGGCGUCUACCGAUCCGUACCUUCAUGUCAACAAAAUACCCUCGAAAUGUCUUUCUUCAUGACAGUAUUGGCAUUUAAUACGAUAAUAUGAAGAUGUUUAGAAACAUGCACAAGCUGACUGCAUGCGGAAGGUGGUUCACUAAGCCCCCUAGUCUCCCCCACCUUAGCGAAUCCAUUUACAGGCAUCCGAUACUCAUGAUCGCCAUCCUAGUAGCGACGGCGUCAAUAUUCCGGCUCUCACAUUCGCUGCGUCCCUGGACUUUCGGCAGCGAUCAACACCUCAUCCGCAUCUCUUCACCCGCGCAUCUUCUACUUUCACCACUUUUAAGCAGAUGUCAUGUGCUAAACAAUUGCUCUCUUCGGACUCACCUGCCGAUAGGAGCAAACAAUCAUCCUUCAACUGAAUCUAAGACCGAAACGGGAUGGUCGGAUGACGACUCAUCUCAUGUUGUCGGUACGACACAAGCACAACGUCGGCUGCGUGGUUGUCGUCUUGAGUUGUCAUUGCUCCGAAUACCGGGUAGAUUCACCCAACCUUGUCGGCUCGUCUCCGAACUUGGUCAUGCACGUAGCUCUAGCUCCAGUUGCUAUCCUACUAAUCAUGUCGAUCACCGCAAUGACUUAUAGGUACCUGCUUUUCGCUGUUUUGGCGAUGGCGGGCUUUUGUUCGGUACGUCUUGGGUUCACAUACACUGGAGACACAUACCUAUAUCCUCAAUAAUAGGUCUGGGGGUUUGGUAUCUGGAUAGAUCUCAAGUAAUCCCUACAGGGUAAUCACGAUGGGUCAAGGUAUAUCUCCUUUCCAUGUGUGAGAGCUUCCGCUGAUAUGAACAGGCGGCUAUCUCACACUUGUCAAUGGGUCCCCCUUUGAUUGGACCGUAGCAAGUCAGCAUUCUUACCAGAUGGUGACCUGGAACUGGCCGACAGUACCAGCAGGCGAGGCUCGUUAUACAGA